AUGCCUCAGAAACCGCAAAAGCCCUGCGACAUCAGCAACCUGAUGUCGCCUCCCGAGCCUGCUCCUCUCGACAUGUGCAAGUCGGUGGACCUGCCAAAUGGGAAACCCUCAUCACCUCCAGAGGCCCGCGUUCCCCAUCAUCCUCUGUCACCACCAGUCUCGCCCUUUGCGGCACCUGCCAACUCGAUCAAUCCAGUGCCUACUUACAGCUUUGGCGCGAAGGACCCCAUUCUCUACCCUACCGCUGAGAAUUCCGCCAGCGCCGCCACCGGGCCUUUGUUCACGCUGACGUCGGAGUCAGUUGAUGCGUUCAGGACAGCGACCGAGCGACUGGUGAGCGAGCACAUUGCGUCAAGGCCCGCGGGCUUCUUCCGAGAUUCAACACCUCCGAGGCGUGAGGACUAUGAGUUGGCACUGUUCUUCAAGUCCAAUUGCCUGAAGAUGUUCCAGGACAACCCGAAGCGGUGGUUGAGUAAGGAGCGCGAGCUUCUGCGGGCCGACCGCAAGCACACUUCAUUCUCAAUGCAGCAUUCUAGGUUGCCACACAUCCUGCCGGCGGCAAGGCCUCCUGUUCUCGGGCCGCAAUCGGCCAAGACACUGACAACUCGGGUGCAAAAGCCCCGGGCAGCUCCCAAGAGCAAAACACAAAAUCCGCGGCCAAUUCGAGCAACUCCUGCGCCAGCGCGCGAGACAAUCUGUGUUGGCACGCCCGAGCCAAGAGUCCGGACUGUCGCUCCCAACCGCGAGGACAAGGAUUUUGAGUCUCUUGAAGAUCUCUCCCCGCCUGUCAGCUCGCUUCCAGCCAGGCCGAACAGUCUCAAGGUCGAUUGGAAGGGGAAUGCCUUGGAUCUCAGCAACGAUCCUCACCGCAACUUGCUGCACCCUGAUGAGUUGACCCUGGCCAGCAACCUACGCCUGGACUGCGCGACCUAUCUCACCAGCAAGAGGCGCAUCUUCCUACGUCGCCUCGAGUGCGCAAAGAUCAACAAGGAGUUCCGGAAGACAGACGCGCAACAGGCGUGCAAGAUUGACGUCAACAAGGCAUCCAAGUUGUGGCAGGCGUACGAGAGGGUUGGGUGGCUCGAUUUGUCGUGGAUGCGGGAGCACCUCAAUCGUAGCGCCCAGAGAUCUUGA